AUGUUGGCGUGCGUCGCGUUGACGGCACUCGCGAUCGCGUCUGUAGUAUCACAGUUCGAGUACUCCUUAUCCGGUGAUAUACCCACUUACAUUAAAAGAGGGCUACGUCAAAAGAAUCGAUUUAAACCUAUGCCUCGAGAGAAAAAACGGAUUAUCUCCAACCUAACGUUACAAGAAGUGUUCGAGAAAAUAAAAGAUAUUACGAGAGCCCUUAAUCAGCAUGCGAAGCGCAAUGGAUACUUUGUUGAUUAUAAAUUUCGGGUAUUGGGCCAGAGU